AUGUCAACGACCGCCGUAUCCUCAAACACAGUCGCGCUAUCGACGCCGUCAAUUCAAAAGAAAAAGACAACAGCACAUGUGCAUCCUCUCACAUCCCUUUUCGCCGGCGCUGUAGCAGGAGGUGUGGAAGCUGGCAUAACCUACCCUUUUGAGUAUGCCAAAACCAGCAGUCAAUUGCGAUCCCAAGGAAAACAAGGCAAUGCAUUCCAAGCACUUCGCGGCGUAGUGGCGACACAAGGACUAUCAGGUAUCUACACUGGUUGUAGCGCGUUGAUCGUCGGUACUGCACUUAAAGCCGGUGUUCGCUUCCUCGCAUUCGAUACCAUCAAAGCUCAACUUGCAGACGAGAAUGGAAAACUUUCGACCUCCGGAGGUAUCCUGGCUGGAAGUGUGGCAGGAGCUGUGGAAAGUGUUCUGGCUGUGACACCGACAGAAAGAAUCAAGACUGCUCUCAUUGAUGAUGGCAAAGGCGCCAAACGGUUCCGGUCUACUCCUCAUGCAGUCGGUAUCCUCAUACGCGAACAAGGCAUCGCAGGGCUGUAUCGAGGUCUGGUUAGCACGACCAUCAAACAAUCAGCCACUUCAGCGGUCAGAAUGGGGUCAUACAACACGCUCAAGACCCAAUACGCCAGCUAUAUCGGACAUGCGCCAAAGACUACACCCGAGACUUUCGCGAUUGGUGCAUGUGCAGGACUCAUCACUGUGUAUGCCACUCAACCAUUCGAUACCAUCAAGACUCGUACACAGAGUAGUCAAGGCGAAACGCUAUUACGAGCUGUCAGGGGCGUUUGGAGCGAUGGGGGUGUCAGAGCAUUCUGGAAGGGAAGCGGCCCAAGAUUGGGUAGACUCCUGCUCUCUGGUGGAAUUGUCUUCUCGGUUUACGAGAGAAUCUUGGGCGUCUUGGCUUGA